GUCCAAGAUACCUUCAUGACAUACACAGUGUAUGAUGACCUAAUCACCAUUAAGCUGAUCCAAGAAGCCUGCAAACUUUUGGGUAUCUCCAAAGAAGCAAUUUUGAAACUCUUUGGUGAGCACUUCUUCAAGUUCUGCAAGAUGUCUGGCUAUGACAGGAUGUUACGGACCCUGGGAGGAAAUCUGAUGGAGUUCAUCGAAAACUUAGAUGCCCUUCACAGUUACCUUGCUCUCUCCUAUCAGGAAAUGAACGCCCCAUCAUUUCGUGUGGAGAAAGGGUCAGACGGGAUAAUCCUCCUUCACUACUACUCUGAUCGGAGCGGGCUCUGCCACAUCGUGCCAGGUAUCAUAGAGGCUGUUGCUAAAGACUUCUUUGACACUGAUGUGACCAUGGAUAUUCUUGAUAAAAAUGAAGAAGAGGAAAGGACUGGGAAGAAGGAGCAUGUUGUGUUUCUUGUUCAUCAGAAAGCUCGAGGAGGGAAGAAAAGAGAAAAGCAGAAAAUAGCUCCAAAAGGCCAAGACCUCCAGAAGGACCAAGAGGCACUGGAAGCUGCUUUGCAGAAAAUGAAGGAGAAAUAUUUGACCCUAGCCCAUUGCCCAGCGAAGAAAUCCCGCUGGGACACUGUGAGAAGUGUUGUCAUAUUUGGAAAAGGGAACCUACUGAGGACUUUUGAACCAGUUUUUCCAGAAAGGCUUUGGGUGGAAGAGCGAAUAUUCUGCAAUGCUUUUCCCUUCCACCUCGUGUUUGAUGAAGCACUUAGGGUCAAACAAGCGGGAGUGAACAUCCAAAAAUACGUCCCAGGACUCCAAACCCAAGGCAUUCGCGUAGACCAGUAUUUCUCCAUCAUUCACCCCCAAGUCCCCUUCACUAUUGUCAGCAUCUGCAAAUUCAUCAAUAGUCCGUUUGUGCUUGGAACACGAAGAGAAAUGAUGCCAGAAGCAUGGAAAAACCAACCUUCCCUCAAGCUCAGAGGCCAGAUGAUGUGGAUGGAAUCCAUGCGGUGCAUGAUCUAUCUGUGCUCCCCCAAGCUCCGCAGCCUGCAGGAACUGGAGGAACGCAAGAUGCACAUUUCCGACAUCGCCCAGCACGACUCCACCAGGGAUCUCAUCCUCCUGAACCAGCAGAGGCUGGCCGAGAUAGAGCUGUCCAACCAGCUGGAGAGGAAGAAGGAGGAGCUCCGGGUCCUCUCCAAACACCUGGCCCUGGAGAAGAAGAAAACAGAGACAUUGCUGUAUGCCAUGCUCCCCAAACACGUAGCCAAUCAGCUGAAGGAAGGCAAAAGGGUGGCAGCAGGGGAAUUUCAAACCUGCACGAUUCUUUUCAGUGAUGUAGUGACCUUUACCAACAUAUGCGCUGCCUGUGAGCCCAUCCAAAUAGUAAAUAUGCUGAAUGCCAUGUACUCAAGAUUUGACCGGCUAACCAACGUUCACGAUGUCUACAAAGUGGAAACAAUAGGCGAUGCCUACAUGGUGGUAGGAGGUGUGCCAGUGCCUAGGGAAAGCCAUGCUCAGAGAGUGGCCAAUUUUGCCCUGGGAAUGCAAAUUUCUGCAAGAGACGUGGUGAAUCCUGUCACCGGAGAGCCCAUUCAGAUAAGGGUGGGGAUCCACACAGGACCGGUGUUGGCCGGAGUCGUUGGAGACAAGAUGCCCCGCUACUGCUUGUUUGGUGACACUGUGAACACAGCUUCCAGGAUGGAAAGUCACGGGCUUCCCAGUAAAGUGCACCUCAGUCCAACUGCAUUCCGAGCCCUAGAAAACCAAGGAUUUGAGAUCAUUGAAAGGGGAGAAAUUGAUGUGAAAGGUAAAGGAAAGAUGACCACGUAUUUUCUACUCCGGAAUUUGUAUGCUACAGAGAAUGAGAUCAUGGGGAAGUCAGAAAAUUCUUCUGAUAAUAAAGCAGAAGCAAAUGCUCUGGAAAAUCAAGACCGCAAGAGAGUUGCUGUUAUGAAGUACGCUGACAGCCAGCAGCUGCUCCCCAGCAGUGCUAUAGCAUGUGCCUCUGACAGAUCAACAAGUGAGUGCAGUCAAGUCAAUGAAAAGACCUGGAAGGAGAAGACUGAUGCACACCAGCCUUCUGAUCAGACAAAGACAAAUCUCUUUACUGAUGACAACAUGCAGUCGAGUUUAUGUGUUUUGUUGUAAUAAGGAGAAAAAUGAACCUGAAAACUCAAAACUUUUUUUUUCCCUAUUAGGUAUUUUGGCUAUUUUCACCUGUCACUUUCUUCAGGUGUUCUGUGGAAAUGAAGCUUGA